AGCAGACCAGUGGAAUUAUUGUGCUGGCAUAAAGAAAGGCAUCGGCAAUACAAGAAGUGGAGACCUUCUAGAGCUGAAGACAUGCAGACUGUUCAAUAAGACUGGGAUUGUAAUAUGCGAAUCAGACAGAGUACAGAAAAUUGUAGCCAUGAGUUUCUCCAAACCUGGGUUGCACGCCAUAGAGCAAAUUAUUCACUGUCUUCCCUCUUCUUUGCGUAACUGCACUGUGUAUUUGUCAAGGAAACCAUGCACAACUUGUACCACAUUCCUUAUUCAAGGUUCGGUUUCUUCAGUCUAUUACUGGCCAACGGCUCCUGAAAAAAAAGGAGAUGAGUCAGAGGUUAAGGAAGAUAUUCAACAAAGUGACCAUGUGCUUCUUAAAAGUCAUACAAGUAGCAGUGUUCUCUUACCCAUGGCAAGCUUUGAAACUGUGAAAGUGAUUGCAAAAAAAAUACCAUACAAAGGAAAGCCAAACAGCGAAUCCAAGUUGCUUGAUGAUAAAACUGAAGAGUUUAAAAAAUAUUGUUCACUGUUUAACAUGCAUAGCUGUGAAGACACAUUUGUCAAGCGGAUGAAAAAUGCUUUACGCUGCUAUGACUUUUUACUGGUGUGCUCCCAACUUGAGAAAAAAAGGCCAGAGGAUGCUGUUCAUCAGCAUGCUUUGCAGCUUUGUUAUUUUUUAGCAGCAAGAUCUAGUGAUCCACACCGAGGUGUGGGGUGUGUUCUCUACAGUCAGGAUGGAUAUUUUUUUGGGGCAGGUUAUAAUGGAUACCCCAUUGGCAUAUUAUAUGCAAACUUACCCCGCGCGGGGAGAAAAAGCCAAGCACGUGGAUUUGCAAAACGAGGAGUUGUUCUCCAUGCUGAAACAAAUGUUCUGCUAUACAGAUCAAAGCCCAAAAUAGAAGAGACUGAUGUUCUUUACUGCACCAAACCUCCUUGUCACGAUUGUCAGAACCUUCUGAAGGAUAUGAAAAUAAAAACAAUUCAUUGUGUAGAAGAAUCAUCCAAACAAAGUGAAAAAAGUCACCUAGAUGAUUUAAAGAAAAACUUUGACUAUCAUGAGUGGAAACAGCGCCGAACUCAACCUACGGCAGUAUCUACUGAUUCAGAAGACAGUAGAAGAACAGAAGGAAGGGAUGAUGAAGAUCCUCCUCUUCCUUACCUGAAGAAAGAAGAAUUGUGCAUUUACUUAGCUCUGCAUAUGGAAAAAAAAUCAGAAACUGCUGGGAAUGCAGGAAUCGUUGUCUGCGAAGCAAGCAAGCCAAAAAGGAUUAUUGCCCUGGGCUGCGCAACGAAGGAACUUCAUGCUGUGCCAAAAGUGCUGUUAAGGUUUCCCAAUGCACUGAAAGGCUGUGAAGUUUACAUGUCUCGGAAGCCUUGCAAUUAUUGCGCAAUACUGCUGGUUCAAGCACAAGUCUCACAAGUGUAUUACUGGCCAAAUAUUGAAACAAACAUGGCAGAAAAAGACAAAAGGGAUCACGUUGAUGCCAUCUUUACGGAAAGCUAUGUUGUUGCAGCGACAUAUGUACCAACAAUAGAUGAUGUAAGAAAGAUGCAAAUACUUGAUUCAAACAGAAGAGCACCUUCUGAUGCUGGUAAAAUUGAAUCUGUAUUAGAUAAAGCUACCUUACAGCGCUUUAACUUGGGACACCUGAAAGAAAAAGAACUGGAAGAAUAUAAAAAUACUCUUAGUACAGCAGAGGAUUGUUUUAAACAUCUGGCAAGUUGCAAAGAUGAAGAAAUAAUAAUCUUAGAAGACAAAGAAUCCACUGUAAAGAAGAAUUGUGAAUACACCCAUGCAUUACAGCUCUGUGAUUUAUUAGCAUCCAGAAGUGACACUAAAAAUGGAGUGGGAACGGUGAUUUACAAGGAGGACGACAUUGUUGCUCUUGGCUACAGUGGAUAUCCAAAAGGGUCAAUGAAUAGUUUAUUUUGCAAGGGGGGAGAUUUUGACCAGCAUGCAAUUGUAUGUGCAGAAGCUAAUGCAAUUAUUAUGAGUUCUGAGAGAGACCUGAGUAAUGCUGAGCUCAUCACUUCACGUAGACCCUGCGAUGACUGUCUGAAACUGAUCCGAGCAAAGAAUAUAGCAAAAGUCAUUUGGCCUCUGCGAGACGGAAAUACUGGACCCUCUUCUGCAUUGCCAGCUUCAAGCUCAUCUGCACCACUGGAGCAAUCAGGAGGGAUAGCUGAAGAUCCUUCAGAGGGGGCGUCUGUGGCUGCUGCUGAUGGUGAACCAGAAUAAAGCUCCACAAUGUCAACAUAACCUCUAGGACCCAGCGCUCCUGGGCCCUUCAGUAUGUUCAGUGGUGUUGGGAUAAUCAUCUUGCCAUGGCAGCCGCUCUGGUUGUGCCUCCUCCCUUCCAGAAGCACACCCCAUGCCAAUCCCCCUGCCACCUCUUGCCUUAUUAUUACUUCUGCUGUGCUCUACAGGGAUUUGCUCUGUUUGUGGCCAAAAGCAUUUGCGUUCGAUGUACCUCUAAGGGUAGUCAUGCGUAAUUGUGUGGUGUCUGUAGCCAUGAAGGCAAGUGGUUGUUUUCUGCAGCUGCAUUCCCCCUGCAGCUUCUCUUCUCUUGGAUUAGUCAGAGCAUUUGAAUGAGCAUUUUUCCUUUUCAUUUAUUGCCAUUUCCUACCCUCCCUCACACUUAUUUCAUUUGUUCUUUUUCAAUUUUUUUUUUUUACCUUGUGAUUUUUUUUUUUUAGCUGAAAAGCAAAGAGUUCCCUGUUGCCCUGUCUCUCUUAUCCUGGGGUAUUUGGUGCUCAUGGGUCCUUUUCUCUUCCCUUGUAUAAUAUAGUGCUUAAUUUUAUUUCUUAUUCAUGAUCCUCUUUAUAUGUCCUCUGAUAGGUGCAUACCUGUUUUUAAUUUGUCUUCAUGCUGUGUUGAUUGUGUUUUAGAUUUAAAUUUGAUCUCUGUCCUUGAAACACCAGACCAAUUCAUGUGGAAUGUACUUUUGUAUUUUUCCAGGCUAAAUCAUUUUGAUCUAAAUGAGCCAGGGCUUUACAGACUAUGGCACCAACAGAUGCUUUUGUCCUUACCUUUAGACUCUCUCAACUGCACUUUCAAUACUAGGAUUUUUCUAGGGUAACUCCAAACCCAGAAUCAACUAUGAGAAUCCUAUUGAUUUUUAAAUUAUCAUAGUGAGCAUGCUAUUAUUUGUGGCUUGUUGACUUUCAGCAAUUAUUUGUUUUACAUAGCCUCUUUAGAGUGAGAUCAUCGAAGUCUUUUACAUGGGAUUAAAUUGAAGGUUAUGUCAUUAAAAAAAGUAAAUAAAUUGUUAGCAGUUUUCA